AUGGCAAAUCUUUCUGGUACUCCCCCCCACACAUGGUCAAUAGACAACAUUAAUCCCGCUGCAUCAAGAUUAGAACGGCUUCAUAUCCGUCGCAUGAAAAGUUCCCACCUCCAUCAACAUUCAUAUAAAGAAAAUACAUGCCAAAACACUGUGCCAUUUGGAGGCUCAGCUGGUAACAAUCAAGAGUUACCAACUUAUGAAGAUCUUGGUGACCGCAUUUACAUUUGUCCUGACUGUGGUGCAAAGAUGUGGUAUGAUGAACGACUUAGAAAACACCGAAAUGAGAAUCCACCAAGAUUUGGCAUGUGUUGCCUUCAAGGCAAAGUACAGCUUCCUACUUUUCAAGAUCCACCAGUUCAAUUGUUCAACUUAUUAGCUGGACAUCACCCACAAAGCAAUCAUUUUCGUAUGCAUGUUAGGACAUAUAAUAUGAUGUUUGCUUUUACAUCUAUGGGUGGAAAAAUAGAUAGAAAUGUUAAUGAUGGACGUGCACCUUAUGUGUAUAAGCUGAGUGGUCAAAAUAUGCAUUUGAUUGGUAGCAUACUCCCUACAGAUGGAGCUACUCCAAAAUUUGCUCAGUUGUACAUAUAUGAUACAUCCAAUGAAGUUGCCAACAGAAUUUCUGCAACAAGUGGAGAUAGUAGCACAUCAUCGUUAGUGGAUAUUUCUCUUGUACAGAUGCUGCAGGAUAUGCUAGAUGAGCACAAUAAGUUAGUAAAAGUAUUCCGUCGGGCUCGUGAUUAUAUUCAUGCUCAUGAGGGACAAACUAUCAAAAUUAGACUUAUGCAUAGGCGUGGGAGAAAUGUCCGUCAAUAUGAUAUGCCAACCUCUGAAAAUGAGAUAGCUGCUUUAAUUGUAGGAGAUAUUGGAUCCACUGAAUACGGUCGAGAUAUCAUCGUUCAAUACAAGACAGGAUUAUUACAUAGGAUACAUGAAAAUCAUCCUGACUUUCUGCCUUUACAGUAUCCAUUGUUAUUUCCGUAUGGUGAAGGGGGGUAUGAUGAAAAAAUACCUCAUGUGGUAAGAGGAGAGGCACCAGUAGCCAAGAUUACCUAUGUUUCUAUGCGUGAGUAUUUUGCUUAUAUGAUACAGGACAGGAAUACUGAAUAUUCUUCAAUAUUGCACGGUGGGAAACUUUUCCAACAAUUUGUUGUUGAUGCAUAUACAAUGAUAGAAUCAUACAGGCUAACCUUCAUAAGGAAUAAUCAACAACAACUACGAGCAGAAAUGUAUAAAGGGUUAACAGAUGCUUUGUUGUUGGGUGAGACUGAUGCAGCUGCAAGAGGAAAAAGGAUCAUCCUUCCUUCAUCAUUUACUGGAGGAGCACGUUACAUCAUGAAUAAUUAUCAAGAUGCAAUAGCAAUUUGCAAUUGGGCUGGUUAUCCUCAACUGUUUAUCACAUUUACCUGCAACCCAAAAUGGCCAGAAAUAACAAGAGCUUUAGAAGAAGAAGAUUUACGACUUGAAGACCGUCCAGAUUUUCUAACAAGAGUUUUCAAGAUGAAAUUGGAGCAUCUCAUGCAAGAUUUGAAGAAGGGUGAUAUUUUUGGUCCUAUUAAAGCAGCAUUGUAUACAAUUGAAUUUCAAAAGAGAGGCCUUCCCCAUGCUCACAUCGUUUUGUUUCUAGCAAACCAAUCCUAUCUUGAUUCUCCUCAAGAAAUUGACCGAGUCAUUAGUGCUGAAAUACCGGAUAAAAAUGAACAGCCAGAAUUGUUUGAAGCUGUUAGUAACUACAUGAUGCAUGGACCAUGUGGUUUAGCUAACCCAAAAUCUCCAUGCAUGGUUAAUGGCAAGUGUUCCAAAUACUAUCCAAAGCCUUUUAACUCCAACACGAUCAUUCAUGAAGAUGGGUAUCCCCGUUAUAAAAGACCGAACAAUGGUCAGUAUAUUUUGAAAAAUGGAGUUCCAUUAGACAAUAGGAGUGUGAUUCCUUACAACCCUACAUUACUGUUAAAAUAUCAGGCUCAUUUAAAUGUUGAGAGAUGUAAACAUGGGGAAUCAAUUAAGUAUUUGUUCAAAUAUGUGAGUAAGGGUCAUGAUCGAGCUACCAUAGCCUUUUACGGUGAGUCUUCAUCAGGUGAGAGGGAAGUUGUUCAUGAUGAAAUUAAAAUGUACUAUGAUGUUCGGUACUUAUCUCCAUGUGAAGCUGUUUGGAGGAUUUUUGGCUUUGAUAUAAACUAUAGAACUCCAUCAGUUGAAAGACUUUCCUUCCACCUACCAAAUCAGCAAACAAUUAUUUAUGCAGAUGAAGCUAACCUUGAUGAUGUGGUUAACCAUAAUGAAGGCAAACCAACAAUGUUCCAAGCUUGGAUGAGGGCAAAUGAAAAAUAUGAUGAAGCACGUGCUUUAACAUACUCUGAAUUCCCAACCAAAUUUGUGUUCAAAAAACCUGGUCAUUAUUGGGACUUUAGAAAAACAGGAUUCUCUAUUGGAAGAAUAUGCUAUGUUCCCCCUGGCACUGGAGAAGCCUUUUAUCUUCGUAUGUUGUUAGCAACUGUUAAAGGGCCAAGAUCUUUUGAGGAAUUGAGAACUGUUGAUGAUGUCCUCCAUCCUACAUUUAGGGAUGCUUGCUAUGCCCUAGGGUUACUAGAGGAUGACAAAGAGUACGUUGAUGCUAUUCAGGAGGCAAAUCAGUGGGCCACUCCAAAUUACCUUCGUCGCCUGUUUUGCACAUUGUUACUAUGUAACUGUAUAUCACGCCCUGAAAUUGUGUGGCAGCAAUCAUGGAAAUUAAUGGCAGAGGACAUACUUUAUAGCCAACAACAGCUGACAGGCCAUCCUGGACUUUCUCUUAGUGAUGCUGAAUUGCAAGACCAUGCUUUACAUAAAAUUGAAGAUUUGCUACAACUUAAUGGGAGAAGUCUUCAAGAUUAUCCAACAAUGCCUUAUCCAGCUCGAUCAUUAAAUGUAUCAGCGGUCAAUAAAUUGGUGCUGGCUGAGUUAGAUUUUGAUCGUAAUGUCCUUAAGGAGCAAUUACAUGUCUUUCUUCGAAACUUAACAGAAGAGCAGAGUACAAUCUACACUACAAUAAUUGACACUGUUCAUAAUGUGCGGGGAGGGCUAUAUUUUGUUUAUGGAUAUGGAGGAACUGGGAAAACAUAUUUAUGGCAAACAUUAUGUGCAUCAUUAAGAUCUGAAGGGAGGAUUGUUCUUACUGUUGCAUCGAGUGGCAUUGCAUCACUUUUAUUACCUAACGGUAAAACAGCCCACUCACAAUUUGCAAUCCCUCUUGCCAUCACUGAAGAUUCAGUUUGCAACAUUAAACAGGGAACACCACUAGCAGAGCUUUUAAUACAGGCCUCAUUGAUAAUAUGGGAUGAAGCACCAAUGGCAAACAGGCAUUGUUUUGAAGCAUUGGAUAGAACAUUACGAGACAUCAUUAGAAGAAAUGAUCCUAAUGCUAUAGGAAAACCAUUUGGCGGAAAAACUGUGGUGCUUGGAGGAGACUUUAGGCAAAUACUUCCUGUCAUACCACGAGGUGGGCGUGAAGACAUUGUCUUUGCUACUAUUAAUGCUUCAUACUUGUGGAAUGAAUGCACUGUCUUCACACUGACUAAAAACAUGAGACUAACCAAAGGUCAUUACACAGAUGAUGUAGAUGCAAUAACAAAGUUUUCAGAAUGGAUUAUUUCUGUUGGAGAUGGCAAUGUUGACAUUGAACCUGACACAGAAGAUGUUAUUACCAUACCUAGAGAUUUGUUAUUGUUUCCAUUAGGGAAUCCUAUGGAUUGCAUUAUUGACAGUACAUAUCCAAGUUUGGUUGACCGCCUAGGCGAUGGGUCUUACUUCAGGGAUCGUGCUAUCCUAACAGCUACAUUAUCUGUUGUUUAUGAAUUGAAUAGUUAUAUGCUUGCAAAGCUACCAGGUGAGGAAGUCAAUUAUCUUAGUGCUGACAGUGUUUGCAAAUCAGAUGGUGCCAACAGUUCCAUUGCAGAAAUACACUCGGUUGAAUUCUUAAAUACAAUCACAAUGUCUGGAUUGCCAAAUCACAAGCUAAGCCUUAAAGUCGGUGCUCCUAUAAUGUUGAUGCGAAAUAUUGAUAAAUCCAUAGGUCUUUGUAAUGGGACUAGGUUAAUUGUCACACGUUUGGAGAAACAUGUGAUAGGAGCUGAGAUUAUCACAGGAAGUAAUACUGGCAUGCAUGUCUUGAUUCCACGCUUAACCAUCACACCAUCUGAGACGUCUUUGCCUUUCACUCUAUGUAGAAGACAGUUUCCUGUAAUGCUAUCUUUUGUAAUGACUAUAAACAAGAGUCAAGGUCAAAGUCUUCUCAAUGUAGGGUUAUUUCUGCCUCGUCCUGUCUUUACACAUGGUCAGUUAUACGUUGCUAUCUCACGAGUGCGGCGACGGGAAGGUUUAAAAAUAUUGCUCCUUGAUGACAAAGGCACUCCUACCAAUAAAACUUCAAAUGUUGUUUAUAAGGAAGUCUUCUGUAACCUUUUGAAUUGA